GUCCUCCGCUGGUCCGCACUCGGCGCCGGCAUCUUCUACGGCUUCUUCCACCAGAGCGCGAUAAAAUCCCAACACCAGCAGGCUCAGGCGGCGGCCGAAUGGGCACAUAAGGAGUCGCUGAUCUCACAGGCCAAGGCCGAGUGGGCGAAGCAGCACCCCUCCGAGACACCGAAAUCAUCGCCCGCGAAGGCUGACCCCAAAGACCCCAAUGCCGAUUUGAACGCCCUCCUCGGUAUCACGGAUGAAAAAUAA